AUGGAACAAAUGGGAUUGACAUUGCCUUUCGAACCUAUGAAUAUGGAGCUUAACAGGAUACUAGAGUCUACAAAUCGCGAUAGUAGUGAUAUGCCUUUUUAUAUCUCGAAAAUACUCCAGAAAUCGUUUAUUGAAAUUGAGGAAAAGGGAACAGAAGCCGUUGCUUGUAAUAUACCAACGAUGAAACUCGGGAGUGUCAAGACACCUCCACGGCCACCUUCACGUUCAGAAGCAAGGUUUGUGGUGGACCAUCCAUUCAUGUUCAUGAUAAGAGAAGACUAUUCGCGGACUGUUUUCUAUAUUGGAGUAGUACUCAAUCCCUAUGCUUAG